ACAAGUGCUAAGCUUUCUGAGCGCUGGGGCUGUGGGCCACAAGGUUAAGCCUGAACUAGUCUUCCCUGGAAACUGGUUGCUUCUGACGAACAGAGAUGGAAAGCUACCCGACCCGUACAGAUAUCCCGCCAUGGGUGAAAAUUCCCGAAGAUCUGCAAGAUCCAGAAGUAUUCCAAGUCCAGACUCCGCUGCUAAAUUCUCUGUUUGGCCCACAGGGAUCUCGAAUCCCUUACAUCGAGCAGGUGAGCCAGGCCAUGUUCGAGCUGAAGACUCUGGAAUCUUCCGAACUCACCGAGGUCUUAGUUUAUGGCUCUCACAACAACAAGCUUCGGGCCAAAUGGAUGCUUCAAUCCAUGGCUGAGAGGUGCCGCCUGCGCCAGGAGAGAGGAAUGCUCAAGCUGGAGGAAGCCAUGAAGACCCUGGAACUAGGCCAGUGUUGA